CAGCUUUCUUGGAAGAAGGAAAAGCGCUACAGCCGCUCAUGCACUGUCAAGUCAGAGGGGCUAUUGGCUAAUCUCCAACAUUCAAACUGUCAAUCAAGAUGAAAGGGCUAUAUAAAGCCAUAGUACCGGUAGCUAGACAGUUAGAACAGUCUGAGCAUAUAGGCAGUUGUAGACGCGAGAUCCAGUCGUGCUGUUGGUUGACGCAAGCACUGUGUUGGCAUUGGCGCUCCAUGUCAGCUAUUAUCACUGCAUUUUCGUACUGUUCCUAUUAUAACAAAGACGUAUGUGUGUCGUACCUCUGAUAUUAAAACUGGAUUGAUAAGAAUCUUGUCGUAGAGGGGUAGUGGUAUGGAGAACACUUAGACAUCCAUCUGGCAUGAGCCACGCACUUUGGGAAGGUGUGGAUUGUCUAUGUGGUUACUCCAAUUUUAUUCUCAGCAAAAGGCAUCUUUAUACCUAACAAAGUCGUAAUGGAUUUAAAUAAUUUCGGAAACGCGGUGCUUUUCACGUUCCAGAUCAUCUUCUGCGUAUUGAAAGCGUGCUUGGGGUUGUUGCUCCCGAGCAGACGGAAAGACCUUCGCGGAGAGGUGGUAUUGAUCACCGGCGGUGGACGGGGCAUCGGUCGGCAUUUGGGGAAAGAGUUUGCAAAACAUGGAGCAAAAAAGUUGAUCCUGUGGGGCCGCACUGAGAGGUGUCUGAUGGAGACCUGCGAGGAGAUCUCUCUCACCACAGGAGCCGAGUGCCAUUACUUCCUGUGUGACGUGGCCAAUCGGGAGGAGGUGUACAAGCAGGCCAAGGUGGUCCGAGAGAAGGUGGGCGACGUCACCAUUCUAGUGAAUAACGCCGCAGUGGUUCAUGGGAAGAGUCUGAUGGCCAGUGACGAUGAUGCUCUGAUGAAGACUCAACACAUCAACACGCUGGGCCAGUUCUGGACCACCAAAGCCUUCCUACCCCGCAUGCUAGAGCUUUGCCAUGGCCAUGUGGUGUGUAUCAACUCCAUCCUGUCCCUGUCCUCCAUCCCGGGGGCCAUAGAUUAUUGCACCUCCAAGGCCUCGUCCCUGGCGUUCAUGGAGAGCCUGACCCUCGGCCUGCUGGACUGCCCUGGGGUGGGCUGCACCACCGUGCUCCCCUUCCACACCAACACUGACAUGUUCCAGGGCAUGAGAGUCAGGUUCCCUCAGCUCUUCCCCCCGCUAAAUCCUGAGCUGGUGGCCCUGCGGACAGUGGACGCAGUCCGGACCAACACUCCGUUCAUCUACUUACCUUGGACCAUGCAUGCUCUCGUUAUUCUCAAGAGCUUCCUGCCUCAGGCAGCUCUGGAGGAGAUCCAGCGUUUCUCAGGGUGCUACACCUGCAUGGACACCUUCAAGGGACGUACAUAAGAACAGAGAGGCUACACACGAGUAGUGAGCAUCAGAAGCACAAACAUUGUGGCUUGGCACUAAGAACCGCACAACAGCUUCCUAUCAAAUGAGUGGAAGUAUCUCCAAGACAACAGAGGCCUUAGGAACUAUAGGUACUUGGGGUCACUGUGCCCUGAUGGUGCAAGAAGAGAUUUGCUGUGGAAUCUUGACUUGAAUAGUGGUGUUUGGGUUGGCAAAUUGGGUGGCCCCAAACUGAUUUCUAUGCUGCUUGGAGUUGGUUGGUGUUUCCUCCAAAGCCUUUCAGUUUGGGAUCAUGGACUAAGCACCAGAUGGAUUGGUAUUCAGAACUGAUCAAGCCUUACCACUGUGGUAAACUUCCCAUCUGUCUUACUAAUGAUACCAUUACUAAUUUGAAAAUGCACAGAGAUUAGGCUGAAUGGAUUGUACUCUGUAUGUUAACAAAUGAGUAACAUCUGGUAGUUGCAUUUCAUUUGUGACUUCUUGGAGUUUUUGUGUUAAGAAAAAACUGGUGUUAAAUCUGUAUUCAAUAGUCAUAUUUUGGGGGAUUUACCACUUGACAGUAUUGUGAAUAUGCUGUCUUGUGUUUGCGCAGAUCCAGUCUUUUGAGUUUUUUUUGUCUGCUAAAGCCUCCAGCCUUCUCAUGGUCAACAUUCCUGUGCUGCAGCCCUGCCAAUUAUGAGCUCAUUGUUCGUUUUGUAAGUCUUGUCAUAACACUCUCUGCUCCAUAGGAAAGUAUACCGGAGAAGUUCCUUCCAUUUGAAGACCCAUAGAAAUGGUUUCAGGGGGACACAGGCAAUACAAUCAACUUUCUCAGAUUCAUCAUUCAUUUGACACAUGGAAUAACGUUUAUUUGAUCCUAUACUGUGCCUACUGAACACACUUGUUGGUACCCUCUAUCUGUCCCUCUCGGCUCGGUCUUAAUCUUCUUUAGUAUGGUCAUCCAUCUGGAGCACAGACAGCUGGAGAAUCAUACCUGGCCUGGUGGGCUCUAUUGUCCAAUAUCAGUUUUCCCACAUUAUGUUGAACUUCGGGUCAUCUUGGGUUACGGUGGUUAUGGUUAGCAUCUUAAGUAGGCGUAGAUAUUGAACAUUCAAUGAUGUAUCUUGAUCAAAGAAUUCCUGAAUGGGAGAAAGUUUUGAUAAAACAAACUCACUUGGACACAUUUAGUGCACAAAAGCAAGGGAUGCACAAUCAUACUGUUUUAGACCAGAAAUGUUAAAGAAUGGAAUGGUCCAACCAAUGAUGUGUGUAUAUACACCCUGGAUUGCAGAUGCUAUGUAAUGCCCAAUCGGAGGCUUUGAAGCCACCAGUUGGCCAUAUUGGCACUCCCCAGUCGGAGCAGCCCUUCAUAAAAUGAAUGGAAUUCCACAGUAUUUCAAUUAAAUGUUUCAAGGAUAAAA